AUGACUUGUCAGCGUAUCGUCUUGAUCACCGGCGCCAACUCUGGCGUUGGGUACGAGGCCAUCAAAGCCCUCAUUGGCUCUGAGCAGCAGUAUCAUGUCCUCCUGGGCUCACGGUCCGCCGACGCGGGAGAAACAGCAAAAGAGCAGCUCCAGGCAGAAGUGCCAUCGUCGGAAAGCACCAUUGAGAUCUUACAACUCGACAUCGACAGCGACCAUUCCAUACAGGCAGCGUAUGAGCGUAUUGAGGGGUCACAUGGUCGUGUAGAUGUCCUUGUCAAUAACGAUGGACACGCAUUGGACUUUGUAGCAGGCACCAACAUGACUGUCCGUGAGGCGUUCAACAAAAUGUUCGACACCAACGUAUCAGGCACUCAUGUCUUGACGGAAACCAUGGCGCCACUUCUGCUGAGGUCAUCGGAUCCUCGCCUCGUCUUCCUGACGAGCAAGCUGUCGACGUUUGAAACCAUGGCCCAGGGCCCAGAGCCGUGGCCGGUGCCGCCCGCAGGAUGGCCCAAGACGACAGGGGCGCCGUCGGGCCCUGAGACGCUAGGGCCUGUCGGCUACCGCACGAGUAAGACAGCUGUCAACAUGCUCAUGCUGUCAUGGCAUCACAUCCUCUCGGAGGAUAAGGUCAAGGUUUGGGGUGUCAUGCCAGGCUUCCUGAUCACGGGGCUUGGUGCAGAUGCCGAGUCGAUGAAGAAGCAUGGCGCAGUCGGUCCAGAUGUUGGCGGAGAGCUCAUUCGAGCCGUCGUCGAGGGCGAGCGGGAUGGUGAUGCUGGCAAGAUCGUGGCGCCGGAGGGCGUUCAGACGUGGUGA